AUGUCCGACACAGAGGACGAUCUCGCCGAAGAGGCCUUCGCGCACGAGCAGGAACUGCUGGCGCGGGAGGCCGCACUGGCGGCAGCGGAUGCUGCACAGGAGGCAGCGGAGGCCGAAGAGGCGGAGCGGCAGGCAAAGCGAGCGCGCCACGGCGACGCUGCGGGCUCGUCGCUGCCGAGAGGCGACGCUGCGGGCUCUUCCUGGGAGCGGGCCAGCCGGACGCAGUGUGGCGGCUGGCUCGAGCGCGUCAAGGUGCCCGUCGGCUGCAAGGAGACCAAGGGCAAGUGGGCCUUCCAGACGUGCUGCUGGCGCGACGCGCGCUUCGAGUGCAUCGAGCUCCAAAAGUGCUACCGCACCGGCGACCCGAUCCUGCUGAACGCGCUGCACGAGCUCCGUCGAGGUCACGCCUCGCACCCCGCCGUCCAGCGGCUGGUGCAAGCCACGCAGCGCCCGCUGCCGCCGCGAGGCGACGGCAUUAAGCCGACCGUGCUCUACGCGACCAAGAAGGCCGUCGAGGCCGAGAACCGCGAUGAGCUGCGCAGGCUCGACCCCGCGACGGAGCACGUCUACAAGGCGCUCGACUGCGAGGAGCCCGACCUCGACUCGCACCCGCCGCCAGACCCCAACCCAAACAUCUCGCCGAACGAGCGCCAAAAGUUCGCCGAGAAUUGCGCCGCCCCCGACGAGCUGCAGCUGCGGCUCGGCGCGCAGGUGAUGCUCAUCAAGAACGAGGUCGUCUCGCUCGCCGCCGACGUCGACCCCGCCUGCCGCCGAGCCGCCCACCGCAGCCGGCUGGACUGGGCGGCGGCGACGGACGAGGAGACGAGCCGCACGUACUACUACCGCGUCUCCAAUCCGAGCGAGGUGGUGUGGGAGAAGCCACAUGGCGACGAGGACGAUGCGACGCUCUAUCCGGAGGCGCAGCCGCUCUGGUGGCACGCCGUGCUCGACCCGAGGCUGCCCGCGGGGUGGAAGGACCUCUACCGCCGCCAGCCGCACUUUCGCCGCUGGGAGCGGCUGCGCGCCGCGCCGCCCGGCCAAGCCGGGUGA